AUGGUCGACAUGAAGGUGACUGCCAAAAAGAGCAUCAACUUCUACAUGAACUCAGCCAAAGCUUUCUUCACGGGAGUGGUCGACGUUGAAGGCAAGAAACGCGAGCCUGUUUGCGUGCUGAACAUCUCGGGCUUGGGUGAUGCCAUCAACGUCGCUGCACAAGCUGCUGGGGCCGUUGUUAAGGAGGGCCUCGCCACCAUCCACAAGAUCGAGACGUCUUAUCCUGAGAUGAAGUUGACGAACGGCUCGGAGCGGGGCUGUGUGGAAGCCUCAGUCUGUUGGGUCGAGAUGAGGAUGUUCGGGACUUGGCUUCUAGAUGUUUUGACAGAGUCGGUUCUUCUGUAA